AUGGAGAUGCUUCAGGCAAUCGAGCCGGGUGCUCGCAAACUGAGCGCCAAGGAGUCUCCUUUUCUGCGCUUACCGGCUGAGCUCCGCCUGAUGAUCUAUGAAUAUGCCCUGGCCAUUCCCAACGACUACAUCGACCGACCCCUGAUCGUGGUCGACGACCGCGGGAAAACGUUCACUGCGCGCGGGCGAUAUCGCGCCCUCUGCAUGUGCCCCAGUUGGGUCGGCGAGAAUGGCCGCGUUCGCAACCUGCUCUCCGUCAAUCGCCAGCUGCACGACGAAGUCGAGGACUUUGUCUACUCGCACAACACGCUCUUCUUUCGCAACUCGUUCGAUCUCGACCGCCUCGGCGCAUUUCUUGAUACGCUCAGCGCCACCGCCCGUAAUCGCAUCCGCAGCGUCGGCUUCGAGAUCUUCUUCUUCGUGCAUUCGCAGACGGGCGUGCCCAAGCGGACGCUGAAAGAGUACGAGCGCGCAGGUCGCAUGUUGUCCGAGAAGCUACCUAACUGGACGACGGUGCUCCUGUACCUGGAUCCGCGGUUCUAUUUCCCAUCUGCUGCUGCGGGUGGGCGCGAACUGUCGGCUCGGGGGGUCUGGUACCUGGCGACGGUUUUCGGGAAGAUGCGCAAAGAACUUCAGUUUCUUGCGCUGCCUUCGAUGCAUCGGCAUGUUAUCAGCGAAGCGCAGCGGAUGCUUCAACUAGGGAGGCGAAACUCUCAAGAAAAGUCCUCUCUUUAG